GCGGAGAGUGCUGCCUUGUCUAGCUCGGCGUGUGCAUCGGUCCUGCUCUCACCCGCAGCUGCGCUCUGCCGUCCGCCCCGGAGUACGUCUGACCGACAGCGUCAUGGCCCAGGCUCUUAGAGGCACCGUGACUGACUUUCCUGGAUUUGAUGGCAGGGCUGAUGCAGAGGUUCUUCGGAAGGCCAUGAAAGGCUUGGGCACCGAUGAGGAGAGCAUCCUGACCCUGUUGACUGCUCGAAGCAAUGCUCAACGCCAGGAAAUCGCCCAGGAGUUUAAGACUCUGUUUGGCAGGGACCUUCUGGAUGACCUGAAGUCAGAGCUGACUGGAAAGUUUGAGAAGUUAAUUGUGGCCCUGAUGAAGCCCUCACGGCUCUACGAUGCCUACGAACUGAAGCAUGCUCUUAAGGGAGCUGGGACAGAUGAGAAAGUAUUGACCGAAAUUAUUGCUUCAAGGACACCUGAAGAACUCAGGGCCAUAAAACAAGUUUAUGAAGAAGAAUAUGGUUCCAGCCUGGAAGAUGAUGUGGUCGGGGACACCUCAGGGUACUACCAGAGGAUGCUGGUGGUUCUGCUUCAGGCAAAUAGAGACCCCGAUUCUGCCAUUGAUGAUGCUCAAGUUGAACUGGAUGCUCAGGCACUGUUCCAGGCUGGAGAGCUGAAGUGGGGCACGGACGAAGAAAAGUUCAUCACCAUCUUUGGGACACGCAGCGUGUCUCAUUUGAGAAGAGUGUUUGACAAGUACAUGACGAUAUCAGGAUUUCAGAUUGAGGAAACCAUUGACCGAGAGACGUCAGGCAACUUGGAGCAGCUGCUCCUGGCUGUUGUGAAGUCUAUUCGGAGCAUACCUGCCUACCUUGCAGAGACUCUCUACUAUGCUAUGAAGGGUGCUGGGACAGACGAUCACACCCUCAUCAGAGUCGUGGUAUCCAGAAGUGAGAUCGACCUGUUUAACAUUAGGAAGGAGUUUAGGAAGAACUUUGCCACUUCCCUGUACUCCAUGAUCAAGGGCGACACGUCUGGAGACUAUAAGAGAGCCUUGCUGCUGCUCUGUGGAGGAGAAGAUGACUGAGGAGCCCCCUGCGCUGCCUGCUGCUCGCCAGCCGCUCCCUGCAGCCCAUGCAGCCACGCUCAUAUCCCGGUGCCUGCCACACUGCCUUACCCGCACUAUAUGCUAAUGACCAAAGUGUCAUAGUGACAUCAGAGAAAUGCCCUUCUGAUCUCCUGUCUAGUUAGCACUGACCUUCCCUCGUGUAUCUAAGUCUAAUGACCGAGUUACUAAUAUUGUCUAUAGAUUGCUUUUUAUAACCUUUUUUUAAAGCUUCAUUUGUAUUAAGUUAAUAACCAUAUUACCUUGAUCGGAACCUUAGCCAUUAAAUUGUGAACUCCUGGAAAUGCUGUCAGUCAAGCUUGCUGCUCUAUCAGACCUGCAAAUUUACAAUGGUCGAUUGUAAUUGAUGACAAAUAAACAUUCCCUUCCCUCCAAA